CGCCCAUUUAACUCAUGAUUCGUUUUAUUUAAGGCCCUCUCUGUCCUUGCUCGUUUUGCCGGGAAAAUUACAACUCUGUUCAAAAUGACUGCCACAGGUAAAGGCGCGGCUGCCGCGGCCAUUAAAACCGCACCGAGUGAAGGCAGUGAGGCAGAGACAAUAACUAAGCAGGAAGACCGGAUCGGAUUCACAGCUACAAUGAUGGCUAAAUACGGCGUCGACCUCACCAGCAGCUUCCAGCCUGUACGUGAUGUAUACUUUUGUGCUUCCUAAAGUUUCCAUAGUAACUGAUUCGUCUGUCUCGAUCAUCAUUGCAAUUCGUAUAAGAUGCUACGGAGUAUUAUUUCUUCACCAGAUCUUGCUGCAUUGCAUGAGUUUGUGUUUAACUAAUUUUCAUUGAUAUACAUGGGGCAGAAAGAUUCGAUCGGAUUCUCAGAUAAAACGAUGGCUACGGACGUCUCCAAGCUCACCGGCAUCGUCAAGCCUGUGCCGACCUUUCAACUAACUGCAGAGGAGAUAGCAAUUAAUGCCUGGCUCCCGAUGACCUCUUCAAGGAAUGCCAAAUGGUGGUAUUCCGCUUUCCACAAUGUUACUGCCAUGGUUGGUGCUGGUGUCCUCGGCCUUCCUUAUGCCAUGUCUCAGCUCGGAUGGGGACCUGGUGUGGCCAUGAUGGUGAUGUCAUGGAUAAUCACUCUAUACACAUUGUGGCAAAUGGUUCAGAUGCACGAGAUGGUUCCAGGAAAGCGUUUUGACAGAUACCAUGAGCUCGGGCAGCACGCUUUUGGUGAAAAGUUGGGACUAUGGAUCGUCGUUCCACAACAGCUGGUGGUUAUGGUCGCAGUGGAUAUCGUGUACAUGGUUACUGGAGGAAAAUCCCUUAAGAAGUUCCAUGACUUGGUUUGCAAAGACUGCAAAGACAUCAAAGUCUCCUACUUCAUCAUGAUCUUCGGUUCUGUCCACUUCAUCCUCUCCCACCUCCCCAACUUUAACUCCAUCUUCGGGGUGUCUCUAGCAGCAGCAGUUAUGUCAUUGAGUUACUCGACUAUUGCUUGGGGGGCUUCCGUAGACAGGGGCGUGCAACCGAAUGUGGAUUACAGCUACAUAGCUUCGACCACUAGCGGCACUGUUUUCAACUUCCUAAGUGGGUUGGGUGAUGUGGCUUUUGCUUUUGCAGGUCACAACGUGGUGUUGGAGAUUCAAGCCAGUAUCCCUUCCACAUCUGAAACCCCAUCCAAGGGACCCAUGUGGAAGGGUGUGCUUGUUGCUUAUAUCGUUGUGGCCUUGUGCUACUUCCCCGUUGCCUUCAUCGGCUACUGGGUGUUUGGAAAUGUAGUGGAAGACAACAUUCUGAUGUCCUUGCAGAAGCCUACCUGGCUCGUUGCUAUGGCCAACCUCUUUGUUGUUGUUCAUGUCAUUGGAAGUUAUCAGAUCUAUGCGAUGCCCGUCUUUGACAUGCUGGAGUCGUUACUGGUUAAGAAACUGAAGUUCAAGAUAUCUUGGCAACUGCGUUUCAUUACCAGGAACAUAUACGUGGCAAUCACAAUGUUUAUUGGAGUGGCAUUUCCUUUCUUUGGUAGGCUGAUUGGAUUUGUUGGAGGAUUUGCUUCUGCCCCGACAACAUACUUCGUCCCAUGUGUGAUGUGGCUAGCCGUUUGCAAGCCGAAGAAAUACAGUCUUUCUUGGAUCACAAAUUGGAUCUGCAUUAUUCUGGGAGUUCUAUUGAUGGUUUUGGCACCUAUUGGCGGGCUACGGAAUAUCAUCUUACAAGUCAAGGACUACAAAUUCUACUCUUAAUUUUCAACACAAACUCGCUUUUUUGUUACAAAUAUUUAUACAAUAUAGUGCAUUAAUUUUAUAGUUAAUCUCAAAAACUUCUGAGGGACUUGAUAGUUCCCAAUCCUUAGUGCUCUAGAAGUUGCUGAAGUACGAGGGGAAUGUAGAAAAUGAGAACCCGUUUGUAAUCUUAUUUUUCGGUUUAUCAAACUUAUUAGCCAACUUUUUCACCAAAUAUGUAUCUUUCAAUUUUG